GGGAGGAGUCCUGUUCGAAUCCUUCAGACGUUGACAAGGUACAGCCGAUGACGGCGAGUCAGCAGUUGCGGUGAUCGGCUUCUGGGCAUGUGAAGAGUGUCCAGUGUUUGGGGGAUGCCGGUUAAGUGCGUCAGACUCAGGAGCCGGUAGAGCAGCUAAGCGGCCAGGGAGCGAGCCCGCCUCGGGGCUUCUGCGCUGGGACACCGACUCCUCGGCCUCCUCCUUCUCUGCCCGCCCGCCCCCUGUCAGGUGUGCCAUUGCCGAGCAUGGAAGGGCCCGGCAGCGCCUCCCAAGGGUUGCCGCUAACAGAGCAGAAACUGAACGUGGACCAAGGAGGGCCUGCCCUGACGAAAGCCGCCUCCCGGCUGCCCAUUCCUGGCCUGCGGCCCAAACGGCCAGCCACUGGCGAGAAUGAGCCCCCCAAGCAGGACUGGAAACGAGCUCGGAUGGGGCCUGCCCCCACCAAGAGAGCCUCCAUGUCUGUUGCCACAUUGCGGCCGAAGGCACCUCUUGCAGCCUCCGUCCACCGCAGCCAGCUUGUGUCUGGCCGCUGUCGAUCAUCCUCCCGUGCGGGAGUGGCCAUAGGAGCAGCUACCACCACAGUGAUGACGCGGCGGCCAGUACCUGUACCAGCUGCUCCUAAGCCAGCAACUACAGGAGGAGAGGAGAAGAAGCGAGCUCCCUGGGACCUGAAGGGGCAGGUGAGCGACCUCCGUAUCAAAGUGGGUGCUUACAAGGAGAAGACCCAGAGGCUAGCUGGUGAAAACGAGGCCCUGAAGCAGCAGCUGGAUGGACUGGAGAAGGAGCUGAAGCACGCGAUGACCGAGAAUAGAGAGCUAGGGAGCAGGGCCAGCCUACUGGCUUCAGAGCUGCAAGUCUGUCAAAACCAGGCUGAAGAGAGACGUCAAGAAGCCUUGGAGCUUUCAGCACAGAAGCAGCAGCUGGAGGAGACACUCCAAAGCAAGACCCGGGUAAUCGGGGAGCUAGAAGGGGUCAAAAGAGAGAUGGUGGAGGCCAACGGGGACCUGGCCACCCGGCUGCAGACCAGAGAGGCAGAGCUGCGUCUAGCAGAAGAGAGUCUGGCCCAGCGAAGCCAGGACAAUGAGAUGCUGCGGGCCCAGGUGGCAAAGCAGGAGCAAAAGCUCCAUGAGUUGGAGAUGGAGCGCCGGUACCUGCACAACAUGGUGCAAGAGCUGAAGGGUAAUAUCCGUGUCUUCUGCCGUGUGCGCCCCUUGCUGGCCUGUGAGAAGGAGGCCCAGAAGGGGAUGGGUCAUCUCCACUUCCUUCCAGACAACAAGAGCCUUGCGCUUUCCAAGGCUGAGGAGUCCCACACUGGGCGAGAGCGCAAGGAUGACAUCACAUAUGAGUUCAAUUUCGACCGGGUCUUCCCACCACCCAGCUCUCAGGAAGAUGUCUUUGAAGAGAUUGCACUGCUGGUGCAGUCUGCCCUGGAUGGCUACCAUGUCUGCAUCUUUGCCUAUGGGCAGACUGGAAGUGGUAAGACCUACACUAUGGAGGGGCCAGAUGAAAUGAGCCCGGACACCGCUGGUAUGAUCCCUCGGGCAGUGCAGCAGAUUUUCAAGGCAUCCCGUGAGAUGGAGACAAAGGGUUGGAAGUAUAACUUCACAGCCAACUUCCUGGAAAUCUACAACGAGUCUCUGCGGGACCUGCUGGUCUUGCGGUCUGAGCAGAGUUCUGAGCUGGAGAUCAAGAGGGUGAGCCAGAACACAGAGGAGCUCUACGUCUCCAAUCUGUCCUACAUCCCCGUCACCUCGGAGAAGGAGGUGCUGAAGCUUCUGCAGACAGCCAAAGCCCACCGAUCAGUGGCCAAAACAAUGCUCAAUGAGCACUCCUCACGUAGUCACAGCCUCUUCCAGCUUCGCAUUGAGGGCCGGAAUGCCAGCCAGGAUCUGCAAACUGCCUCUGUGCUGAGCUUGGUGGACCUGGCAGGCAGUGAGCGCCUGGACAAGUCUCUUUCGAAAGGGGAGCGACUCAGAGAGACUCAGGCCAUCAACAGCAGCCUCUCCAACUUGGGAUUGGUCAUCAUGGCACUGAGCAGCAAGGAGGCCCAUGUCCCCUACAGAAACAGCAAGCUGACCUACCUCCUCCAGAACUCGUUAGGUGGCAACUCCAAGAUGCUGAUGUUUGUGAACAUCUCUCCCUUGGAAGAGAACUUCUCUGAAUCUCUCAACGCCCUCCGCUUUGCCAGAAAGGUGAACGAGUGUGUCAUUGGCACGGCGCAAACCAACCGGAAAUGAGGACAGCAACAUCUAUGGUGGUUGCAAAUAAUUAUUGGCUUGUGUUUCUGUGCUGUUAACUGAUGCUACGCUGCGUCCUGUACAGAGAUUCCGUGAGAUGGCGGACAGCUCAGAAUCUUUUUCUUCUGUCUUCUGGAUCUUGUCUUUUUUUAAUGAUCAAUUUUUUGUAUUCAAAAUUCUGUAUUAAAACUGGCAUAAGCAUUC